CUGCUGUGCUGCCACCUCCUUCCUGCCCAGCCCUGCUCCUGCUCAAAAAGAUUACCGCCGAGCUCUGACAGCCAGCCAGCUCGCCAUUCCUGCGCUCUCCUUCUCAGGCAGUGCUCCUGCCCCCCCCCCCCUCCCUACUCGCGAAGCCGAGCUUCCUCUCCUUCCUUCCUGCUCCCGCCGCUGGGCGAACGAUUCCGUUCCAGCGGUUUCAAUCAAGCAUCGUAGAGAGCGCACCGCAGUGUGCCCGUGGGCGUGUGGGAAAGGGUGGAAAAAAGGUGGCCUUUUUUGGGGGUACCCAGAUUCCAUUCCUUGCGCAGGGGGACUCCUACUAUACUCCUACUAGGCUGCUGUGGAAUUUGCUAGAGCAGCAGCCAGCAACCCAAAGGGAGAAGGAAAAAGGAGCGAGGACUGGCGGCGUCCCACCAUUUCUCUCCCCCUCUCGCCCCUGCGAUCGAUUCUUCCUUCCUCGUGAAGUAGAGAGCUUGGGUCCUUGAUUGGCUUCCUUCUGCUACUCUACAAGAAUCCCUCAGUGUGCACCGGAGAAUCUGAUUCUCUCCCAUCCGGGAGUUUCUUGGAGCUUCCUCGCCUGCUUUCUGUCACUGACGGUGCCAGCGGAGUGAGGAGUCUCGGUUUCUCGGCAGCCGCCGGGACAGCAGCGGAAGGGACAGGAUGGCCGCCGCGCCGCCGCCCAAGGCCGACGAGCUGCAGCCGCACCCGCCCAAGGAGCAGCUGGCCGGCGUCUCCUUCUGCAUCACCAGCCCGCCGCCAUGGCCCGAGGCCAUUAUACUAGGAUUCCAGCACUUCAUCGUUAUGCUGGGCACCACUGUCAUCAUACCCAGCGCGCUCGUUCCGCAGAUGGGAGGCGGAAAUGAAGAGAAAGCUCGUGUGGUUCAGACGAUAUUGUUCGUAGCUGGCAUAAACACCCUGUUACAAACAUUUUUCGGGACUCGUCUUCCUGUUGUAAUGGGUGGCUCAUAUAUCUUCGUGGCGCCGACCAUCUCCAUCAUCUUGGCGGGGCGGUACAGCAACGAAACAGACCCUCGCGAGAAAUUCUUGCGGACAAUGAGGGGAACGCAGGGUGCUCUCAUCAUCGCAUCGACAAUUCAGAUCAUACUUGGUUUCAGUGGGCUCUGGCGCAAUGUUCUCAAAUUGUUAAGUCCAUUAUCAGCUGUUCCUUUGAUCUCACUUGUUGGAUUUGGACUUUAUGAGCUUGGCUUUCCAGGGGUAGCGAAAUGUGUUGAAGUUGGCCUUCCUGAACUCCUCCUGUUGGUUGUAUUUUCUCAGUAUUUGCCUCAAGUUCUGCAUUUUGGGAAGGAUGUCUUUGGACGGUUUGGUGUUCUUUUCACCGUCCCUAUCGUGUGGCUCUACGCAUACAUUCUCACCAUCGGUGGUGCUUACAAGAAUUCUCCACCGAAGACGCAGGUGCAUUGCCGUGUUGAUCGUUCAGGUCUUGUUGGAGGAGCUCCUUGGAUAAGUGUUCCCUAUCCCUUUCAGUGGGGUCCUCCAACAUUUGAUGCUGGAGAAGCUUUUGCAAUGAUGAUGACUUCAUUCAUUGCUCUUGUAGAGUCAACUGGCGCUUUCAUUGGUGCUUCAAGAUAUGCAAGUGCAACUAUGAUUCCUCCAUCAAUUAUUAGUCGGGGCAUUGGAUGGCAGGGCAUUGGUAUCUUGCUUGAUUCGUUUUUUGGGACAGCCAACGGGACAUCAGUUUCAGUGGAGAAUAUUGGAUUGCUUGCAUUGACACGUGUUGGCAGCCGGAGAGUAGUACAAAUAUCUGCUGGGUUCAUGAUUUUCUUCUCUGUCCUUGGAAAAUUUGGAGCUCUGUUCGCUUCGAUUCCACUGCCCAUAUUUGCCGGCAUGUACUGUCUCUUCUUCGCAUAUGUUGGUGGCGUUGGUCUGAGCUUCCUUCAGUUCUGCAACCUAAACAGCUUCAGGACCAAGUUCAUCAUGGGGUUCGCUUUCUUCAUGGGAUUAUCGGUUCCUCAGUACUUCAAUGAGUACACAGCAGUUGCAGGCUAUGGUCCAGUGCACACUGGCGCCAGAUGGUUCAACGACAUGAUAAACGUGCCGUUCUCGUCGAAGCCCUUCGUCGCUGGUCUGGUGGCCUACGUCCUGGACAACACGAUCCAAGUGAAAGAUGCUAGGAAGGACAGGGGCUACCACUGGUGGGACAAGUCCAGGAGCUACAAGAAAGACGCGAGGAGCACAGAGUUCUACUCGCUGCCGUUCAAUCUGAACAAGUUCUUCCCAUCGGUCUGACCUUGACCCCCGAGCGGUUUUUCAGGAGGGUACUCUUCCCUUGUUCAUACGGUGAACAUAAUUCUGCUGGCCUGGCCUGUGGAAGCUUUCUGUGUCGCUGGUGUGCGUCAAUUUUGUGUAUUUUUGGAUGAAAUGGAGUAAUUGGACAGUAGAGAUGGGACUAGAAUUGUAAUGUUCUUUUUUUGGACCUACACGGAUCAAGUGUCUCAUAACCUGUUAAUUAGUUUCUUUUGUCAGACUGGCAUUGUACAUCAGUAUUACGGUAUAUGUGGCUUUCAUAGCCCAGGUAGAAUGCUAAAUUAUUAAACAUUAA